AUGCCUGCGCUUGCCCUCGAUAGCUCUUCCUGGUAUCAGGUUGAAAUUGGUCCUCGGUUGACUGCGACUGCUGAGUUUGUGUUUCUCAACUGGAGUGGACUAGCCGGCGAAGAACUAGUGUCCCAUCUCUACCGUGUUCGUGAUCAAGCAUGGACCGUGAGCAAAUAUCCAUGUGUUGGUCUUUGGAUGUUUCUCCUCGAUGGCAUCGCAGGAUUUCCCCAAUUUCCGGCAAUUCUCGAAAUAGCUAAACAACCACAAGCAAAAAUCAUCGACCUGGGCUGUGGACUCGGUCAAGAUCUGCGGUUACUCGCCGCUCAUGGAGUAUCUACAGAGAACAUGUGGGCGCUGGACAUUGACGAUGGGCUAUGGAAGGUUGGCUACGACCUCUUUCGUGAUCAGACUCAAAUGCAAGCAAAAUUCCUCCACGCAGACUUCUUGAAAGUGGAUCCAGCUUUGAAUCAAGGCCUAAGUCCGCUGAGGGGCGAGGUAGAUCUGAUGCUAGCGUCGCAGUUUACGCAUUUGUUCGACUGGGCGGACCAGCUAACUGCGAGCAAGAACAUGGUCGAUCUCUCUAAACCGGGGACCAUGAUAGUAGGAUUUCAACAAGGCCGCGAAACGGCACGGGCUAUUCCCAGACCCUGGGGAAUGAUGUUCUAUCAUAAUAAAGAUUCUUUCUUGCAGCUCUGGGACGUGGUUCAGCAGCAGACAGAAACCAAAUGGAAAUUGGAUAUCACAGAGAUUCAAUUGAAAGACUGGGGAAUGCUGGAUGUGGAUGUGGCAUGGAUGCCAGACGACCAUAUGGGUCUUAAUUUUAUACUCACGCGAGAGGCAUAG